AUGGACGGCGGAAAUCAACUCGGAGGAGAUGAACCAGCUGAGCUGGUUCUUAUGGGAGGCAGCAAUGAGCGGAAUGGGGAUGGUGUGAAGGCCCGUAGGGAGGAGAAAUCUGGAGACAUGAACGGCGGAGUCAAACCCGGCGGAGAUGAACCAGCUGAAUUGGCGCAGAUGGGCGGCAGCAAUGAGCGGAAUGGGGAUGGUUGGAAGGCUCGUACUGUUAGUAGUGGCCUUGGUCAACCUGUACGGCAGGGGGAUAUUAAGGGCCGAAACGGGAGGAAGAGCACGGGGUUAAGGGGUAAAAGGCGGAAAGAGGGGGAGAGGAGCGGUGUGAGGGAUGUGAGAGUCGGAGUGAUGGAAGCGAGGGGAGGAGCAAGUGGGUUCCCCAAGCCAGUCAGUCGAGGCGGGAGGGCGAGGGGACGACAAAGGCUGGUGGACAGAUGGAUGGCAGGGCUGCCGGAAAACACCGAGAGAACAACGAUUGAAAAGCCAAGUAGUAGGAGAGGGAGAAGGGGAAGGAGGCUGGCGGAUGGAUGGGUGGGUGGGCCUUGGGAGGAAUCCACGUCAGCGUUUCGGUGGGUGAACGAGGUGGGGAAGCAGGAGGACAUGUUGGCGUUUCCGGACAGCUACUACCAAUGGCAGUGGCCCGUGCAGAGGCUGGGCAAAAGCUGGCGCGGCAUGUUCAUGCGGGGGAACACACAAUACGACAUCAAGAGGCUUAGCGGCAGUUGGAGCGGCAUGUUCAUGCGGGGGAACACACGAUGCAACAUCAAGAACACCCCCUCGUGUCAAGGCAUCCUCCCUAAAUCAGCCUACGUCAACGCCCCCAUUUGGAAGUCAGACGCUGGCGUCUCAGAACUGAAGCUUCUGAGCGAGUUGCAGCGCAAGGUGGAGAAUAACGAGUCCAUCCCUCAAGACCUCGAAGAUUUCAUGCUGAAGGAGCGCUGGCUGAUCUGGAUGCCGCGGUUUGGGCUGGGGAACUCGCUCAGGGCGUACACUUCGGCAUUCAUCUUCGCGCUGCUGUCAGGAAGGCGGCUGUUGAGGUGGAAGGGCGGCAACCACAAGCAGGUCUUGGAGCGUUUGUGUAACGCAUUCUACUGUGGCAUAGACGAGUUGCACUAUAAAGGGGACAUCCGCAAGCACGCAAAGCUCAUGAAUGCGAUUACACUCGAGAUGCAUGGCUUGGACUACAGCCCAAAUGUCGUGGCCGUUUACACGGGUAACUUCUUCGAGAAGACGUGGCGCACGGACCCUCAGAUGAACCAGUGCGUGCACAGCGCCUUCAACUGCCACACCAUCUGGUGCAUUCGCUCCAAAGUGCUCUCUCUGCUCCUCGGCAAGGGUCCCAAGCCAGGGGUGGAAGAGGUGGUGGAUAGAGAUCUCAGGGUGGUGCCGCCGCUGGUGCUACCAGGGAUAGGGUCGAAGACAGAGGAGAGGGAGGUGCAAGAAGGGACGGUGGAGCCGCAGAUGGUUAGGAAAGGGGAGGGACUGCAGGUGCAGUUUGACGUUUCCAGAUCAAGGUUCCUGUUUGUGUGCUUUGAUUUGUUUUGUUGUGAGCCUCUCUCCAUCAACCGUGAUCCUCACUUCAUCUCUUCCUAUCUUACGCCCCUCUCCCCAAAGCAGUAA